GGAUACAAAAAUACCCACACACUAAACUUCUUUCUUUCUCUGCAAAUCCCAGUUCCUCUCUCUCUCUCUCUCUUUCUUGCCUGGACAUGUAAAGGACCCAUUGAGUUAUGAGUCCAAGAUUGAACUUAUUAAAUGAAUGAAAGAGUAUAACGAGAGCCCUUGAAGAGGUUUUCCAUAAGAGAGACUAGAGGGUUUGAUAAACAUAUAUAGAAUAAGCAAAACUAUAACCAGCAGUAUCAAACUAAAGGAGAGAAAUAAAAAAAAAACAAGGGUUUUGAUAAGAGAAGGAUUUGAUAUACGGAAGAGUGAGAUGGGUGAACCAACUUGUCUUAUGAGAUCAUUUUCUCAUCCAUCUAAUGCUUCCCGUGAAGCCAAAGAGGGUGACCCUCUUAGAGCCCUAACAGAAUCUAUCUCGUUUGGGAGAUUUAUGUCAGAAUCUUUAGCUUGGGAAAAGUGGUCAACCUUCUCUCACAACCGCUACUUAGAAGAAGUUGAGCAGUUUUCCAAGCCAGGUUCUGUUGCUCAGAAGAGAGCUUAUUUCGAAGCUCAUUACAAGAAGAGAGCUGCCAUGAAAGCAGCAGCCUUGCUUGAGCAAGCAAAUGCUGAGGUUUGUAAUGCACCUCAAGUAGAAAUUGCAGCUAAUAAUGUUCCUGAAGUGGAAGCUGCAGAAGAAACUCACAAUGACUGUCCUAUGGAUUCAGUGUUGGCUGAGGCAACUAGUGAUGUUGUAGUCAAUAUACAACCGGAAAAAGGUGUCCUUGAACUAGCUCAUUCUGCUGAUGCAAAUGCAUGUUAUCCAAAUGGUGAAAAUGAUAAUUUACAAAAUGCAUCAGUGGAAAGAGCUGAAGAGGUAAUAGAAGAAAAGGUUGAGGGGGAGAACCUUAUUCAGGUGGAAAAUUCAAAGCAGCUUGAUAGUGCUGAGGACUGCAACAAGAUUGCUGCCACACCAGAAGAGAAAAUUCCCAACAAGGAAGCUACCGAGAAGGAGAAUGUGGCUUUGCCAAGUAAUAAAAGACAAAUGAAUUCAUCAUCAAAAUCAUCAAGUCACAGCAGAGCUUCCAAACUCCCAAAGUCUUCUACUAAACAGGCCAGUUCCACAAAACUGAAAGGUGGAACAAAUGUCAAUCCAAACAGCAAAAAAUCUGUGGUAGACUCCAUCGAUAAAAGGAGAUUAACUCCAAAAUCUGUCCACAUGUCAAUCAAUUUGGCUCCUAGCUCUGGAGAAACCAACCAAAGUUCUGUCAGAAUGUUGAAAGAGAGCUCUACUGCUACACAAAAUCCAACAAGGAAAUCGAUAUCAAAGCUUCUUCCUUCGAUAAAUCUCCAGUCAGAGGAUAGAAGAACUCGUUCACUAUUCAAUAAAUCAGUUUCUGGAGGAGCAAUAGCGAGCGGGAUAUUGCAGGCCCUCUCUGGGGACCGUGCAAAAUCUUCAACUGCAAGUGGAAGCAAAGCACGAUCUCCUAUUAUAUCCUCUCCUUUUAGCUUUAGGAGUGAAGAAAGAGCUGCAAAACGUAAAGAGUUCUUUCAGAAGCUCGAAGAGAAAAACAAUGCAAAGGAAGCGGAGAAAACACAUUUGCAAGUAAAAUCUAAGCAGAUUCCAUUGACACGACCUCGAUCUCCAAAACUUGGAAGAAAACCCUCUUCCAAUAUGGUCCAGGAAACAAACUUUCAGGUUCCUCGGAGGCCUUCAGUCAAUGCUGAAAGCUCCAAGCGUAUUGUACCAAAGGUUAAUCAAAGUACUACUCGUUCAGUCACUUUGCCUAAAAAGAAGAAAGCACAUGAGAAUGCUUCUCCGAAUAUCCAGCGUUGAGCUUCCAUAGAAAGGGUGUUUCAAGGAAGCAUCCACAGAUUUUCUGUUGAAUUGAUUGAACCAUUGCAGAUUUUCUUUUGUAAUUACACACUACAGAGAAGAAAAAUAAUCCUGCGAUGGCAGUGGGAUUCAGAUUAGGGGAAUAUUACUGGAAAGAGAAUGGUCUUUUUGAGGGCUGCUUUCAACAUCUAGCAAAAUUUCAUAGUUGUCCUUCUAUCUGCACGUAAAAAGGAGAGCAGUUUUGGGAAGAUAGUUGCAUGUAUUACUUUUGUAUCAAAGUUGGCAUAAUUAUUACAUGACUGCAAGUAAAAAGUUUUGUGCUUUAUUGCAAUUGUGAAUGGUUAGCUUUCCAAUAGUAUUUGUUACAUAAUUUAACCAAGGUCUUUGAGACAAAUACUGAUAUACUUGUAUACAAAGUCCGAGUCCUCGAAUGAAUUAUUUGUGACAUAGGAAGGAAGAGCUAACAGAUGUUUCUGUUUUGUA